CACACUGUCUAAGACUCCCAGCAUCCGCAUUUGCCUGGAAGUUUACGUUCUAAUUUUCAGAUGACCAAGAUGUCUGCCAUGUUACUAAAAUCAGUUUUAGCCCUGUCCACCAUCACGAUGUGUCUCACGCAAGACAUGAGCGUGUGUACAAGCCAGAACUACCGCAACCUCCCAACGUCCAUGCAGAACGAACACAUGUGUAUGGUGUUAGAGCGUGUACACUUGGAUAUCAGUGACGAGAAGACACACAGAGACAUUCAGCUCAACAGUAUCAUAAGGAAGUUAAGCCGACUAGAGAAUCGAGUUAGCCGUGGUUUCAGCAGACUGGCUUGGAACUCAAAAUCACGUGGUACGAGAAUGAGGGGAUUUCCAGCGCUCAGAGACGUCAACAUUGCAAGGGACUGUAAUGAGCUACAGAUGGGUGGGGUAACCCUGUCGGGUGUGUACCCCCUAAAACUAUCCAACCGCAACGUCGUCAAUGUUUGGUGUGACAUGGACACCGACAGCGGUGGCUGGACUCUGAUCCAGCGCCGUCUCAGUGGCGACGUCAACUUCACGCGCAACUGGGAUGACUACAUGUUCGGCUUCGGCAAUGUCAACUCCGAAUACUGGCUGGGUCUUGACAACAUGUACUACCUGACACGUGACACCAACUACAGCCUCCGCAUCGACAUGUGGGACUGGCUCGAGGUGCACAAGUAUGCCGUCUACGACUAUUUCCGCGUCGGACAGGAGUCUGAGUCCUUCCCUCUGUCCAUCAAGGGCUUCAACGGCACCGCUGGCGACUCCCUCAGUUACCACAAUGGCAUGAAGUUCAGUGCCAUGGACAAGGAUAACGAUGACUGGUGGACGAGCUGCUCUCGCAAGGACAGAUCCGGGUGGUGGUUCAAGGCCUGUCACUACUCCUCCCUCAACGGGCUAUACUACAGGCACGGUGAGAACAACAUCACCCCCGACGGCGUCGUCAAUGGAGUCAUCUGGUAUCACUUCAACAUGGACCGCACGUAUUCCCUCCAGAAGGUCGAGAUGAAGAUCAAACCAAGGGCGGCCAUCUUGGAGGUUAAGGCAAAGAAGGCUUUACAGGAGAGGUUUGAGGACUCCAGCAAGAACAAGCUGCCAGAGGCGCAUAUGGUGCCAGCAAUUGAAGAUACUUUGUGAACAAACAUAGAUCAUUUCUGAACAUGGACACUUUGUGAACACAUAAGUCCAAUUGUGAUCAAAUGUGGACAUUUUGUGAACAUAAGAUCAUUUGUGAACAAACAUGGGCUCUUUAUAAACAUACGUGGACAUACGCAAAAAGAUAAUUUAUGAAGAAACAUGGACACUUUAUGAUAUUACAGACAAUUUGUGAAACAAUAUAUACACUUUAUGAACAAACAUGGACAAUUUGUGGACAAGACAGAAGUUACUCAUAUAUCUAGAGAAAUUUUAUUACCGAAUGUAUAUCCACUUUGGUAUUGGUGUGACCCAUGGAUCUUCACAUUUUGUUAGUUACAGCAUAAAGAUUAGGAAUGUAGGAGAAAAGUGAAUCUACUAACAAUGGCCCGUCAAAACUAGGCUAAUGUAUCAAAGGUCAGUCAAGAAAGACAAAACAUCUGAUAUAACAGACAAUUCCUGUAUAAAUGUUAAAUACCUACACAAACAAACCCAUUACCCGCCAACUGUGUUGAUAUUUAGAAAUCCAACAGUCAUUUAUAAUAAAUAAUUAAAGGGACAUUCCUGAGUUUGCUGCAAUCUUUAAGAUGGUAUCAACUAACAGAGACUUUUUAACGAUUGUAAUUAGAUAUCAAAUAUAUUUUUCUGCAUAAAAUAUUA